AUGUCAGAAAGUUAAAUUGAAUUUUUAUAAAGGUAAGUAAUCAACUUAACUAAAGAAAAUCAUCUGUUAAAAGAAGAUAUCUUGGCAUUCCAUCAUUUUUUAAAUAAUAGAGUAAAGGAAUUGAAAUCAUACCUUAGAGAUGUUCCCAAUAGAUAUCUUAAUAUGGAAUUGUGUGAUAUUACACAAGCUUUAUAAUUUGUCAAGGAGGAUGCUGAAUACUAUUAAUUGAACAUGAAUGCUCUCCAGCAUGAAAUUAAACAACUGAAGAUUUAAUGUGCUGAAUUAAAAUAACUAUUGCUUGAAUAGAAAGAUAAAUAUUAACAGCAAUAAUAAAAUAUUGAAACUAACUUAACAGAAUAAUAUUCUAAAGCCCUAAAGGAACUUUAGGAAAAUUUAACAUUAGCCACUUCAAAUUGCUAAAUAUAUAGAAAUUCAAUGAAUCUUCUAGCUUAAGAGAAAACAACAUAAGAAUAGUAAAUUAAAAGUUUCUAAAAUGAAAUUUAAAAACUAAAGAAGUAACAUGAUGUUGAAAAAAACGAAUUAUAAAUGAUUAUAGCAAGAGGAAAAUCAUAAUUGUCUGACUUGGAAAAGGCAUAUACAAUUCGAUUACAUAAAGUUUAAUAGUCAAAUUUCGAGGAAUACUAAACGAAAUUAAAGAAUUAGGCUAAGGAUAUAAAUGAAAAAGGUAACAAUGAAUUUUACUUAGAUUAAAUGCGAGCAGAAUUGGAGAAGAAGAUUUCAUCUUAUGAGAAAUUUAACCAAGAAUUGCAACAAGGUUAUGAAACUAUCCUUAAUUAAUAGACAGAAUUGCAAGAAAUAAUUAAAAAUUAACGAGCAGAAGCCCAAGUUCAAUCCUAAUUAAAUUAUUAACUUUAAGAUAAUUCAAAAUAACAAGAAUCAAUUAUUUCUGAUUUAAAAUUAUCAAUUGCCUCAUUGAAAGAUGAGAUGUAAAUGACUUAAUAAGUACUUUAACAAAAAAUUAAAGAUAUCGAAUUGUAAAAAGAAAUCUAAAAUUAAAUAUUAGUAGAAUUAAGUAACAUAGGCACAAUAAAAAUUGGAAUUAUGAAAUAGUCAUCUGCGAAAUCCUAAAUUUUGGAAAUGAUUAAAUUGAUAAAAUAGGAAAAUUAAGAAAACUAGGCAGAAAGGAAAAAACUUAACGAUUAGGUCAUUAAAUUGCAAGACAAUAAGUUAUAGCUAUAGGAAGAAUAAGCGUAACUAAUAUUUUAAAAUGAAAUUUUUUAACAAAAAAUUUCUUAAUUAUAAGAUCAAAUAGUUGGGCAACAGGAAUUUGAAAUUAAAUAUAGAAAACUGAUAAAUGAGAUAGUUUACUUAGCUUAAACAAACCCAAAGAUAAUUAAAUCUAUUCAAAAACACAUUUCAAUUGACUUUUAUAAAGAAUAUACAAAUCUCAAUAAAAUAACAGAAAAUGAUCAAAAUAGACCUUUAUUUUUGUUGGCUUAUUAGUCCGAAUCAAUUGAUGUUGAAUCAGAUUCAAAGCCAAAUAAAGGUUAGGAAGAUAAACCAUAGCAAGAUAGGUUAAAUAGUUAGAUGGAUGAAAUUAAAAGUCUGAAGCAAUUUGACCUGCAUGAAUCAGAACAAAAUUUAUCUUUUUAAUGGAAGAACUCAAUUAGAAUGACCUUAACUCCGAGUUUAUAUAAUGUUAAAUAGGAGGAUUAAACACAAGUAAUUGAAGAUUUUCGGGCUGAUGCUCAAACUUAAACAGAUAGGAAGAAGUAUAUGUCAAAAUUUCUACCUCAUGAUAAUCUUGAUGAAAUAGUUGAGGAAAUAAAAUAAGGAUAUUUAGGUUAUCUAGAUACAUGCGAUAUUCAUACUCAGACGGAUUACUCAAUAGAAAAUAAAUCAACUUAAACUGCAUAAAAGAAAAGGUUAAGUACAAAUGAAAGCAAAGAACAGAAAUAAUAAAUAAAUUCAUUGUAGUAAACUAAAAAUAUUGAUUCUAAUCUUACUAAAUAAAUUGAGGUACAAUAAUCUAAGAUACUAUCAUUAAAUAAAAUAAUUAGUGAUUUAGAAGUAUAUAAUAAUAUCAAUCUAGCUCUAAUUAAAAGAAUCCUUGUUUUUGAACGACAAAUAUAGUGAAGAUUUUGAGUUGAAAUCUAGAGAAUUAUAACGAUUAAAGGAAUUAAGUAAAAAUUAACUCUAAGAUUAAAUGGUAGAUUAUGAAAAUAAAUUGGAAACCUAGUCUAAUGUAUUUAAAAAUGAAAUAAAUACAAUGAAACAAGAGUUUGAUACUUUUUAAAAAAUUUAAGACUAAAAGAUUUAAAAGCAAGAGUAACUAAUUCAUGCAUAAGAAGUUGAAAUAUAAAAUUUAAAAAAUUAAAGAAAGGAUUUAAAUGCUUAAUUGUAAGAAAGAAAUUAAAGAAUAUUUGAAUUGACUUAACAACUAUUAAAAUUUGAGGAAUAAUCUAAAAUAUUUACAGAAUAACUUAAAGAAUAAAUUAAUGAUUUACAAAAUUAAUUUAAUAAUCGGCCCAGUAGACAGGAUGAUUUGGAUAUUAUCAAAUAACUUGAAAAAGAAAAUGAGGAUUUAAAGGAAUAAAUAUAAAGUAACUUUGCAAAAAUAGAAUAUGCUAAUGAAAUAGUGAAAUAUCUAUAAAUAGAAGUAGAGAAUUACAAAAAGUAGUAUAAUUUAUUUUCAAAUCAUAAACCAAAUAAUUUUCCAAAAAAAAGAAUUUUAUUUGAUUCAACGCUGGAGGAUGAAAAAUCAAUUGUUUUUGAUAGCAGAUAAGAUUUCUUGCCCACUGUUACAAAUCGAGAUUAGUUCAACUCAACUGAAAAAAACAGAUCGUAAAGGGGAAAAAGUUAUCGUUUAUCUGAUUUUGAAAUUAAACAACAUACUACCAAGCACUUUUUUAAAAAUGCUCAAUAAACUAAAAAUACCUUAAAUAAAACUUAAUUAGUUUAAAGACCUAACUCACCUUCAAUUAGUAGAAAUACUAAGUAUUUGUCAACAAUGUAAAAAAAGUUUAAUAAUCCUUUUGAGAAUGAUUGUAUUUUGCAUAAUGCUGAAAUUUUGGUUGAGAAUAUUAAGGGUAAUACACCUAAAACAAAAUACACUCAAAAAUCAAAUGAUUAAUUUUUUUUAAAAGGAUAAUUAAUUUAAGUUGAGUUAAAUUCUACUACAAAUUCUAAUAAAAAAUUUGAUUUAUAUCAAUAAAAAUCAUGA